GAGGCGUCUGUGACCGCAGCGCCAGUAGCGUCAAGCCGCUCUGACAGCACCGCCCUGUUCACAACAUCGACGGUCUAUUCGACGAGAACUGCAACCAUCACGGCUUGCCCCUCGACAGUGACAAACUGCCCUGCCAGGGCUAAAACCACGUACCUCACUACUGAGACUGUCCUCGUCUCGACCACUGUCUGCCCGCUUACAGAGACCCAAGCUGCAUCUGCUCCUGGACUACCUCAGGCAUCAAGUGACGUUGACACAACCCAAUUCAUUACCUCAACAGUGCUCUCCACGAGGACCGCAACGAUCACAGCCUGUCCAUCCACGGUCACAAACUGCCCCGCUUCAGCUAAGAGCACAUAUGUCACUACUGAGACCCUCGUCGCUGCUACUAGCGUGCAGACAGUUACUGAAGGCAAUCAGCCUGCAGUCACUGGAAGCCCCAUGGGAUCGAACCCCAGUGUGCCCUCCGCAGCCUCUGAAGGAUCAGUUACUUCAACUGUGUACUCAUCGAUGGCUGUCACUGUAGUUGGCUGCUCCAAUGGCCAAUCAAAGUGCUCUGAUUCUGCUAAAUCGAAGCAGAUCAGCACUACUCUGGUCCCUGUCAGCACUGUAGUCCUACCUGCGCCAGGCAUCUCUGAGACCACUUCUCCCAUUUCGAUUGCUACCGCACCCAUCAAGCCAGCGACUCAGACACCUGGGUUCUCAUCCCUGCCGACAAUCGCGUCAAACUCAUCAUCAAACGGCUCGUUCAUUUCCUUUGCGCCGACUAGAACUGCGACCUUCGGAUCCGCAAGCGGUCUUCACACGUCUACUUCACUCCCUGUUCCUCUUGAGACCUCCGCUUCUGGCCCAAGCGCACCUGUCUUCACCGGAGCAGCUUCCCGCGACACCUGGAACUUGACGAGUCUUGUGCUGUUUAUGGUUUGUGUCAUCUUGAUGGCUAUCUAAUAAUCUGAUGCCCUAACCGCGAACAAUGCAUUUCUUAUCCUCUAUAUAUAGAUAGAUGUGGCAUG